AUGGCUGUCUCUCUACUUGAAUCCAUAUCUGGUCUCUUGCCAAAGCAGACUGCCACCACAAAUGCAAGCAAAUGGUCUCUUGUCUCCAAGAGAUUGCAGAAAAGGAAGGUUGCCUUCAAGGAUGAACAGUUGCAAGCACAAGAGUGCAGCAUGGGAGAUCUUGAGAAUGGUGCUGAGUUGCUGUUCAGGAGAUUUAUCCAAGGCAGCGUUUCUCUCCUAAACAUUCCUAGUGCAUAG